CCCCUUCGCGCUUCUUCCCCUUGGCGUUGUCUGGGCAACCGAAAAAGACGCUUCACGGCUAAAGGCGCGUCGUAAAACUCGAAGGGCUAAUUUCAUUUUUUAUUGUCAAAAUCAUACAUAUGCUGCGCGAAAAACACACGGUCAUAACGGCAGUGCUGAGUGGAAGAGGUCUCAGAUCUGUAAGUCAUGGCUGUGUAUUUUGAUCAUCGUGUGGAGGCCCCUGACAGCAGUGGAGCAGCGGUCCUCGUCUCAUGGCAUUCCAGUGUGUGUGUGCUGGCCGUGGGGUCUGUGAAUGCCUCCACUGGUGGCUGUGUGGAUCUUUACCUGCAACAGGGGGAGCAUGUGGAGCUGUGUCAUGUGGAACAGGGAUUCAGCCCUUCGUUGUUGCAGUGGCACCCGACCAAACCCCUGCUGGCGGUGGGGUGGGAGACGGGCGAGACCGGUCUCCUCUCACACCCCUCCGGAGAACACACACCCCUGCCCAACAACACACACACCGCCUGCAUCACAGUGCUGGAGUGGAGCAGUAACGGCAGCAGACUGGUCACGGGAGAUCAGGCAGGUGUAAUGGCGGUGUGGAGAGUGGAUGCUAGAGGGAAACUGCAGGGAUCUCCUCUGAUUAAACAUGACUACAGUAAACCACUGACGUGUUGCAUCUUCAGACCUCCACCGCCUGCUGAGGAUGUGGCGAUGCUGGCCCGUGCUGCUGUUAGCGGGGAUGAAAGCGCUCUGGACAUGUUUAAUUGGAAGAAGAGCAAUAAAGGAGCAGCAUUUGCACUGGGAUCACAGGAAGGACUAGCCUUCUACAUCAGCACAGCUGAUGGGAGCGUGUACAGCGUGGAUGAGCAGGCGCGGAGUGUGGCGUUGCUGUCCGUUGAGAGUGCGGUACAGAAGAUGUGGUACUCCAAGAGGAAAGCUGUUCUCGCCGUGGUGACAGAAUCACUGCUGCUCUCUCAGUUCAGUCUUGGGCCAGAAGGGUUCGCUCAGGAGAUCAGUAAGGUGAAGCUCAGUAGCAGAGGUGGGCAGCACUCAGACAUCGUUUGGACAGAAAACGGUUUGCUCAUCACAGCAUCAGGAGAACAACACAUCAGGUUGUGGGAUGUAGAGUUGGAUGAUCAUUACGCUCUAUCGCUGGAUGAGUCUCUGGGCUUUGAGAAAGGAGAGCUGCUCAACUGUGUGUCCUUUUGCACUUCUAAACAAGUUCUUGCGGCAGGUACCAGCAGGGGUCGUGUGGCUCUGUGGCACAUGGUGACAGUGAGUGAUCAGAAAGGAGACACAAAAACACAAUGGAAACUCCAGACACCAGCAGAGGUGGAAGGAAACAUCACACAGCUACAGUGGGGCUCGAGUUCUCAUCUGUUGGCCGUCUGCAGCAGCAGUGGUGUGGUGAUUCUAUCAGAGCAUGUGAUGUGUUCUCAUUACAGCCAGCAGAUGGCAGCAGUGCAGCUCACACCAACACACCUCAGCCUGGCCAACUUCAACACCAGCACACACAUCACCUUCCACACAGACACACACAUCAGAGCAGUGCAAGUCACCAAGGAUAUGGUUGCAGUGUGGAAUGGGAAAUAUAUCACCGUGUACGAGCCAUCAGGACAAACUCUACACAGCACAGGUUCUUUCCAGUGUGAGUCUGCUGCUCUUGCGUUACAUGAAGAAAAUAUUUAUACCAUAGAACCCAACCGUGUCCAGAUCCGCACACCACAGGGCACCGUGAAACAGUUGCUGGUGUUUUCUGAAGCGGAAGGAAACCCGACACUGCUGAGUGUGUGUGGAUCUUACCUGGCUGUGGGAACAGAUACGUCUCACGUCAGAGUCUUUAACCUCACACGCAGGGAGGCCAAACCCUUGGGCGUCACAAAGAACCUCUGUGAGCUCAUUCCUGACCUGGGCGCUCUGAGAUCUGUCAAAUGCAAUGCCAGCGGCAGUCAGCUGAGCGUCCUCGUUACACAGGUGAAUGGGCGGCCAGAUAACAAAGUGUAUUUCUAUGACAUCGAGCUGGACACGCUGUCUUACUUCGACUUCUUCACAGGGAGGCCAGAGAGCAGUCUCGCACAGUCCGACGACAGUCAAAGAACUCAAUGUGAGGGGGAGUUGGCCGCCCGCUGCCCUGUUUCUCAGUUCUGGGAUGAGAAUGAGCCACGUCUGUUUGUGUGUGAAACAGUUCCUGUGAACUCUGACCUCCUCAGCAGCAGCAAAUCACAAACAGAGAAGGAGGAUGUGAUGGUGGUGACGUUCUUUGUGACACAGGAACAUGGUCUCCUCCUGCAGGACUCACAGCCCAAACCAGCUACGCUGCUCUCUCUACUGGCUCUAGAUACACCGUAUUACUAUUAUAUUUGUAAGCUGGGCGAGGAUGGAGAUCAGGGGCAGGUGGUCUCGACUCCUGCCGCCACGCCCCAGCUGCCGUCAUCGUCCCCUCAGAUGGUGGUACGACGAGCCCUCCGAGACUUUGUGGGAUUGGAGAGCUGUGAGAAGCAGACCCGAGAUGCCAUGCUGAACUUCAGCUUCUACCUCACUAUAGGGGACAUGGAUGAAGCAUUUAAAGCCAUCAAACUCAUCAAGAGUGAGGCGGUGUGGGAGAACAUGGCGCGGAUGUGUGUGAAGAGUCGUCGUCUGGACGUGGCGCGCGUGUGUCUGGGGAACAUGGGUAACGCACGGGCUGCUCGUGCUCUCAGGGAUGCUGAAAAAGAGCCGGAGUUGGAGGCGCAGGUGGCCGUACUGGCUACACAGCUGGGCAUGCUGGAGGAUGCAGAGCGUUUGUAUAAGUCAUGCGGGAGGUUUGAUCUAUUGAAUAAGUUUUAUCAGGCGGCAGGUCAGUGGCAGCAGGCGGUAGAGACGGCAGAAACGAAUGACCGCAUUCACCUCCGAACCACAUACUACAGCUAUGCCAAACACCUGGAGGCCAUGGGAGACAAGAACCUGGCACUGGUGUAUUUUGAGAAGUCAGACACACAUCGGUUUGAAGUUCCGAGAAUGCUGAUGGAGGACAAUGUUUCAUUGGAGAUCUACAUCAAUAAAAUGAAAGACAAGGAUCUGUAUAAGUGGUGGGGUCAUUAUCUGGAGAGCCAAUCAGACAUGGAGGCUGCACUGCAUUACUACGCCUUCGCUCAGGACUACCUGUCUCAAGUGCGUGUGCACUGUUAUCUAGGAAACAUUCAGAAGGCGAGUGAGAUAGCCAAUGAGACGGGGAACAGAGCAGCGUCUUAUCAUGUUGCACGGCAGUACGAGGGACAGGAUGAAAUCAGCCAGUCGGUGCACUUCUACACACGAGCACAAGCCUAUAACAACGCCAUCCGACUGUGUAAAGAGAAUAACUUGGACGAGCAGCUCAUGAAUUUGGCGCUGCUUAGCAAUCCAGAAGACAUGAUGGACACGGCCAUGUAUUAUGAAGAGAAAGGAACGCACAUGGACCGAGCUGUUAUGCUUUAUCAUAAGGCAGGUCAUGUCUCUAAGGCUUUAGAACUGGCUUUUGCCACAGAGCAAUUUGGAGCUCUGCAGCUGAUCGCUGAGGACCUGAAUGAGACCAGCGACCCCGCCUUACUAGCACGCUGCUCAGAUUUCUUCAUAAAACAUGCUCAGUACCAGAAAGCUGUGGAAUUGCUGGUGGCUGCCAAAAAGUACCAUGAGGCGCUCCAGUUGUGUUUGGACCAGAGUUUGACCAUCACAGAAGAUCUGGCUGAAAGUCUGACGGUGCCAAAAGACUCGACCCAUCUGUCUGAGGCCGGGCGAAAGGAGCUGCUGGAGAAAAUCGCAGACUGCUGCAUGCGGCAGGGCAACUACCACCUAGCGACUAAGAAAUACACACAAGCUGGAAACAAGACCAAGGCGAUGCGAGCGCUGUUGAAAUCCGGCGAUACAGAGAAAAUAGUGUUUUUCGCAGGUGUUUCCAGACAGAAGGAAAUUUACAUAAUGGCAGCCAACUACCUGCAGUCUCUAGACUGGAGGAACGACCCGGAGAUCAUGAAGAAUAUCAUCAGCUUCUACACAAAAGGACGUGCACUCGACCUGCUCGCUGGCUUCUAUGAGGCCUGUGCUGAGGUGGAAAUUGACGAUUAUCAGAAUUACGAGAAGGCGUACGGAGCUCUGACGGAGGCAUGCAAGUGUCUGACUAAAGCAAAGGGUCGCACUGGAGACGAGGCUGACAGCAGAUUCCUCAUACUGACACACAGACUCGGACUUAUCAAGAGGUUCAUUCAGGCACGAAGGAUGUAUGAAGAGGAUCCAGUAGAAUCGGUGCGUAUGUGUGAGUCUCUGCUGGAAGAGACGGAUCUGGACCCUGCGGUGCGUGUUGGAGAUGUGUAUGGGUUCCUGGUGGAACACUACUGCCAUAAUGGCAACUUCCAGCAGGCAUGGAGUAAAAUAGAGGAAUUGAGAUCAACACGUCCCAACAUAAACGUGAGCUUAUAUGUGAGUCAGACCAGCCUGGAGGCUCUACAAAACGCUGCUGGAAUCCGCCUGGUCUACAAAAAUGCAAAUACCCAUGCUGCUGAGGAUGAUGAAGAGGUGGAGGAAGAUGAGAACAUUAAUCAUUGAGAGAACGUCUUGCUUAAAAGGGUGGUCCUCAAGAUAUCACAUACAUUUCUUAAUGCAUAAAAAAACCACACAACUAGCCUACAGAAGUCUGCCUGUCUGAGUCUUAGUUUGCUGCCCCAUUUUUUAAAAACGUGCCAUAUUUCUAUGGGACUGCCAGUAAAUGGGACAUCUUUGAUAGGUGAUGUGUGAUUUUUGUUAAAGCCACUUUGCAGGUUGCCUUAAGUAGAGUAGCUUGUGUGCGAAUGCCCAGAAUGCACUUAUGUAUGUGAUGUGUGUGGCCUUUUGAACAAGAAUCCAGUCGGACCACUAUAUUUAAGUUGUUUUGUACAAUUUACAAAUUAUUUAAUGACCAGAUUUGUUCUGCUACCUUUGUAUCAUAUAUCUUGUAUACAUUUUAAUAAAUUUUCUACAUGUUUACUUAA